AAGCAGUAGUAACAGCACUGAAAUCGUUUGAGUGAUAUCACACUUUACUGCGAGCAGUGCAAAUCAAGACGCCAUAGAGUUGGUAUCGGUGCUCUGUAAAUAAGUUGUCGUAGAAUAUAUUUCAACAACAGGUGAUUUACGUGACGAUUUUUUUUGCAGAGAAGCUGCAACAUGUCCGAAUCUGAAACUAACGCUGAACAACCACCUACCGGUGAUCAGCCGCCUACAAAAGAGGUUGAAAACUUGAAACUUGAAAAUGGAGCCGGCGAUUCACCAAAAUCUCCAGUACCCCCAAGUAGUGGAAAUGUCACUUUUGAAGAAAAUUUUAAGACUUUUGCUAAAUUCGGCGAUCCAAAGUCGGACGGCAAACUUAUAACUCUCUCAAAUAGUGAUAAAUGGAUGAAACAAGCCAAAGUUAUAGAUGGCAAAAAAAUUACUACCACAGAUACGGGCAUAUAUUUCAAAAAACUUAAAUCACAAAAAAUAAAUAUUACUAACUAUAAAUCUUUUCUGGAAGAUCUUGCCAAGAAUAAGAAAAUUGAAGUAGAGGAAAUUAAAAACAAGAUGGCGAAUUGUGGACAACCCGGACAUCAUGGAGUUGGGGCAGUCAAAACUCCAAGCACUGUAGAUCGACUUACAGACACAUCAAAGUAUACAGGUACUCACAAACAACGUUUUGAUGACAGUGGAAAAGGUAAAGGUAUAUCUGGAAGAAAAGAUGUCGUCGAUGCUUCAGGAUACGUUAGCGGAUAUCAAAAUAAAGACACCUUUGCAAAAAAAGAUUAAAAGUGUACUAAAAUAUUAUAAUUUUUGUAACAACUUCAUACAGAAUUACGCUAAAAAGAUCAAUAUUUCAGAUAUAUACAUUAUAUAGAUACCUAUUUAUUCGAUGUAGCGGGGUGGGUCAUCCCAGAAAUGUUUGUAAUUUUUUACAAAACAAAUAAAGUCAAAAAAAGUUACACUGACGCCACCUUAAAUUUUACAAGAAUCGCACUAAAAUUUGUAAGUCAUUUUUCACUUAAAGUGUUUUAAAAAAUCUAUAUUCUAUAUAUGUUUUGGAUAACUUUUUUUUAUAAGUAGGUACACAUCACUACAUGUUAAUUUGCUAGAAAAAAUCCUGACAGUUUCUCAGUGAAUUUUUUUCUUGAUUAACAACAACACAAUUGACACAAAUGGCUCUAAAUUUGUCAGUUAAUCAUAAAAGGUGCUGACAGAGAGUACAAACCAUUGCAAAUAAACGUCUUCCUUAAGUCGUCUAUGUUUUCAUAAUUUUAUUCUCAAGAUUUUUUUUUUGUAUCAAUUCCGUCGAAAUUUCGUGAAAAAUCUUCAAAGGAAAAUAAAUAUAUUUCACAAAUCUGAUGUUAAAAUUUUUGUUACAUUAUUAUUCAUUACUAUUGUAUUAAAAUGCAACUACAAAACGUGGAAUAAUUUUGAAAGGUGGUUAAGUAAGCAAUAACUACCUGGGUAAAAAGGAGUUUAUAUAUUUUUAAGAACACUAACCCCAAGAAAACAGUAACUGCUUUAUGUAAACCGAAUUGCAAGCACGAUGAGUUUUGUUAUGAUAUCUUGCAGUGGUGAUGGAAAGGGUUUUAUUAGGACAACUCUUUGUGUUCAAUCCCAGGUCGACCAAUUUCAUUUAGAAAAUAUCUUAUGAGAUACGUAAAUGUAGCCUUAAGUGGUAUUUGGCCAUAAAGUUAUUCUUCUUUUACAAUUUUUUUAAGUUCAUUUGAUAAGGGCAGCUCGUAUUUUUACUUUCUGCAACUAUUCUUUGCAUUAAACGAUUCUCUAAAUUCAAUUUAAUUACAAAAAAUGUCAUGGAGAUAAGAAUUACAUAGCAAAAUUGUGAUAUAAAUAUAUAUUAAUAUAUAUAAUAUAGAUUUGUGUUUUUUCAGUAAGCUGUUAUACCUUAAUCUUAAUUUGAAACGUUACAUCUUAAUGAAAACAUGAUGGUAAAGGUAUUCAUUUGUAUACAAAAUAUAUGUAAGAAUGCAAGCUACCCAAGUAAGUGUAAAGUGUUAUGAUUACAUAGCAAGUAGUACAUACCUACAUAUUUUUUUGAAGUUUUUAAAAUGUAUAGCACUAGAACGUAUUUAUUAAACACGUUGUAUUUCAAAAAUGCAUCUUGUCCAAUGUUUUUACUACUAAAUAUUUAUUGUAAAAGUGUUGCUUUAUGUUAUAGGAACAGUAAUUAUUUUGUUACAAUGGUAUUUUGUUGAGUAUUAAAAGUCUAAAAUAUG